AUGGACAUUGCGGACGUUGCUGUGAGUGAUCUGUCAAGUUACGAUUCUCUCAUUGUUGGAGCCCCGACCUGGCAUACUGGUGCUGACGAAGGAAGAAGUGGAACCGCAUGGGAUGAAGCGUACGGUGAUAUCCGGUCGCUAGAUUUGAGCGGCAAAAAAGUUGCUGUUUUUGGUGUUGGUGACAGUUCUGCUUACGGUGAAUACUUUUGCGACGCCAUCGAAGAACUUCACUCGGCUUUCCGAGAUACUGGCGCAGAAAUGUGCGGUGGAAACGUCUCUAAAGAUGACUACGAUUUCGCCGACAGUAAGGCUCUUGUUGAUGGUGUGUUUAUUGGUCUCCCUCUUGAUGAAGACAAUGAAAGUCACAAGAGUGAAGAACGUGCAAAGAACUGGUGCAAGCAGCUCUCCAACGCAGGCUUCAAAUAG